UACAGCAAUCCUGCCGCGAUGAUAACCGCAGUAUUUUAAAGUGUGAAACUGUUGUCCCGAUAUUAUAAGAAUAAUGCAUAUACGUUGCAUAGCUUAUCGCAGCUGGUUAUGCCCCGCUAACAGCGCGCGCAUCGCCGAGAAAGCGAGAGAAAAAAUGAGACCAGUUCACUCGUGAGUUCGGCCCCACCAUACAGUUGGACGGCCGAAUCGAGCUCGUUGUAUAGAUCUCUUAGGCUAAGAAUAUGGGCGAAUCUGUGCUUGUGAAUACGCGCUCUGGGCGGCUGCGCGGUUCGAUCGCUACGAGUAUUGAAGGUUUCGACUACUGCACUUUCAAGGGUAUACCUUACGCCAAACCACCAGUUGGCGAACUCAGAUUCAAGGACCCAGUUCCAGCCGAGCCAUGGUCAGGCGUGAGGGAUGCAACGGAAUACGGGACCAUUUGCGGCCAAUACGACUACGUGUCCCGAGCGCUGCAGGGCAGCGACGACUGCCUCUACCUCAACGUUUACGUUCGAUCCAUCAGGCCCGAAACUCGACUACCUGUUAUGGUCUGGAUCCACGGCGGAGCUUUCAUGUUCGGCUCGGCAGAUGAUUUUCUCUAUGGACCCGAUUACCUUCUUAAGAAAGAUAUCGUCCUUGUCACCUGUAAUUACAGGGUCGGCGUUUUGGGAUUUCUCAAUUUUGAAGACGAAGUAGCACCAGGAAAUCAGGGACUCAAAGACCAAAUAAUGGUUUUGAAAUGGGUACAAGAAAAUAUCGCGAACUUUGGCGGCGAUGCGAAUAACGUUACAUUAUUUGGAGAAAGCGCAGGUGCUUCGUCUGUGCACUAUAUAGCACUUUCUGAUUUGUCGAGAGGUCUCUUUCAUAAAACUAUCCUACAAAGCGGUGUUUCCUGCAAUACAUGGGCUUGCACUUCAAACAAAAGUACUGCAUAUAAAAUAGCUGAAGUUUUGGGAGGUAACUCAAAAGAUCCGAAGGAAUUAGUAAGCUUCUUGCGGUCGAUCAAAUGCCAUAAAUUGGUCGAAGCUCAGGAACUGAUUCGACUACCAGAAGAAAAACUUAGAUGUGUUUUUCCAUUUGGUCCAGGAAAAGAUGAUAAAUCUAAGACGCCACUUAUGCCCGUACAUCCAUCAGAGGCAACAAAAAAAGUUGUUCAUGUGCCUAUGAUCAUAGGAUGUAACAGUAGAGAAGGAUUCUUUAGUUUGCCAGGCAUAAAACAACAACAUUUUAACCAAUUAGACAGUAAUUUUGAAAACUAUUUGACUGAUGUGACUAAAGAGAUGAUAAGAAAAAACAACAUUACGCCAGAAGGCUUAAAACGUCUGUACUAUGGCAGCGAAAAAAUAUGCGAAGAAAAUAAAGAAAAAUUUGUUGAUAUGUAUACGGAUUUACAAUUCGUUGAAGGCAUACAUAGAGUGGUAAAAGCUCAAGUUAAAAGAAGCUCUGCUCCUACCUAUUUUUAUCGUUUCACAUAUGACAAAGAUUUUUCUCUUACCAAGUCGUACACAAAUACUACACUACCAGGUGCUUCCCAUUUUGACGAAGUGCAGUACUUAUUUAAUAUGCAAUUUUAUGAAAUUUUGGACGUAAAACGACCGGAACCCGGAUCAACUGGCCAUAGAAUAAUGGAACAAAUGGUAGAAAUGUGGGUCAACUUUGCAAAAUGCGGAAGUCCAACACCAGUGCUGAAUAAUUUAAUAACUACUUACUGGCUACCGGUAACAAACGAGAAAAUCUUUCGUACUUUAAAUAUCGGUGACGAUUUACGGAUGGAAAGCACAGUUAAUCUAAAAGAACGUUUCCGCUACGGAAUACACAUGAAAAAUAAACUUUGAAAAUUCCAAUUUUUGGUAGUUAAUUCGUAGGUAGAGGUAUUACUUAAUAUUGUGAUAAGAUUGUUUGUGCGUUGAUAGACAAUUUAUUUUUAUAGCUCGACAGCGUUUUUGUAAAUAUUAAAUUAAAUUAAACAGUGUUACAAAACAAAUAUUUUUGUAUUUUAUAUUUUAUAAAUAAUGUUUUAACUUAUAUAUAAAUAAACUGAAGUUUGCUAAAACUUUAAAUAAUAAUAAUGAAUAAUAAAAGAUAAUUAAU